AUCCUUUUGUUACGGGUGUCGUGCGUCUGUUUAUUUAAUGUUAGUGUAUUAUUAAACGCGAGUGUGAUAUAGAUAAUUUUACUACCAGUUAUCUCGCGGUUUGACCUGCUUUAACUCAUGUGAUCAAUGCUAACAUACUUAGCAUAAGAUCUGCUCCUGUCGUGAAGCUCCUCCUUUUUCAUUGAAGCUCCUCCUCCUAUAACGAAGCCCCUCAUCUAUCAUUGAAGCCCCUCCUCUUUCAAUGAAACUCCUCCUCUAUCAGUUCAGAUAUAAAUACUGGAAAACAUGAGUGAUCCAGAACCCUGCAGAAUUAAACAGGAAGAUUAUGAAGAACAAAUAGAUCAAAUUGAAGAGAAUGAGGAGAGUGAAGAGGAGAAACAAGUCGAAGCAGUGAAAAUCCCUCAUUUACAGACUUGUGGUAUUUUAUUUAUUGAAAGGAGAGAAGAGAAAUGUUUCACCUUCACUCAUUGUUGGAAGAGUUUUAGACCACCGUCAGCUGCUAAUAAUCACAUCUACGGCGGAGAGAAACCCUUCACAUGUGAUCGAUGCGGAAAGAGUUUUACACGCAAAGAAAGGCUUAAAGAACACACGAGGAUCCACACUGGAGAGAAACCGUUCGCAUGUGCUCAGUGUGGGAAGAGUUUCGGAUGCUCAUCGAACCUUAAACAGCACAUGAUGACUCACACUGGAGAGAAACCGCACAAAUGUGAUCAAUGCGGCAAGACAUUUUUGAAGCCUUCAGAUCUGAAUAGCCACCUCAGAGUUCAUACAAACGAGAAGCCUUAUUUGUGUUCGGUGUGUGGAAAGAGUUUCACACAUCAACAGUAUUUAAGAAAACAUCAGAAGUUUCACUCUGGGGUGAGAGAGUAUGUGUGCUUCGAGUGCGAGAAGACUUUUAUUAGAGUUGAAGAAUUGAAACGACACCAGAGGAUUCACACUGGAGAGAAGCCUUACAAGUGUUCACACUGCGACACCAGUUUCAGUCAGAUACAACACCUGAGAACGCACCAGAGGAUUCACACUGGAGAGAAACCUCACAAGUGUUCACACUGCGACAAGAGAUUCACUCAGUUAGGAGUCCUGAAGACACACGAGAGGAUUCACACCGGGGAGAAACCGUACACAUGUGAUCAGUGUUUCAGGAGUUUCACAUAUUCAUUACAGCUUAAGAAACACAUGAAAAUCCACACUGGAGAAAAGCAGGAUAUGUCGGAAAAUACCGGUGGGAGAGAUUGUUGAUGGUUGAGUGUGUAAAAUCUAUCUGUUUGUGUUGUAUUUGAUUCCUUUAUCAUUAAAAAAAGUAUCUGAGGUCAUGGGCAUUGCUAGGCCUAUUUAUAUUUCUACUCAGCCCCCCUAAAACUUUUGCGAUUAGCUCAUAAUCUGUACACUAAAUUAUCGCCUCAGUCCACUUUAAAUUUGAUAUGAAAACGGUGGAAGAAUUCAGCUCCUCCCUGCCUUCUGUUUUUCAUUUGAUCAGCAAACCACAGCUCUGCAGAGCGAGAGAACAAGAUGUGUGUUUAUCGAUAGAUUGUUAUAAUAUCUGCUUAAUUGCAGUUCUCUGCUAUAGAUACUCUUGUAUCACUUGUACCCCAAUGUCAUGGAGGAGCAAUCAGGUUUCCCAUCUGCUGUGCUCACCUCAUAAUCAGAGCGGUUUCCUCGAAAAAGUAGCUCUUGUCGAACAUUUCGCUAUUUUAAUUUCAAAAACAACUAGCCAAUAUAAAACACAUCACAGUGUGUGUGGCAUUAACUAUUCCAUAUAGUCUUGCACAGAAAUUAUUAAACACAGUGACAGAAUCACUUAGUGAAUGUACUCAUUUUAACUGUCAGAGUCACUGACAGAGUUAGAAACAUCAUGUGUUGUCU